CUUUGUGAAACUUUCCAAAAUGAAGGAUGAAUAUCAAAGAUGCAUACGUGGCACAACGUGCAGCGACAAAGUUUACCUAACUAAAACCAAAUAAAUAAAACCCAACAAAGAAAAAAACAAAACAGUAAUACUACAAUAAUACAAUAAAGAGGCAAGUUUGGAUCUGAAGUGAAAUCACAGUGAGAACAUUUGAGGAUCCAACAAGUUUUAAUGGAUCAUCAAUCAGCAGCACCACUCCCUCCUCAUGUGCUCGUCUUCCCGUUGCCGUUUCAAGGCCACGUGAACUCCAUGCUCAAGCUGGCCGACCUUCUCUGCCUUGGCAACCUCCAUGUGACCAUGCUCGUCUCCGAGUACAGCCACAGCCGCCUCCUCCGCCACACUCGUGUCCAUUCGCACUUCGCUCGCUAUCCCGGAUUCUGUUUCAGGACUAUUCCGGAUGGCCUUCCAGAGGACCAUCCUCGAGCCGGUGAGCGAAUUAUGGAGGUUUUUCCUUCUCUAGUAUCUGUCACCGGGCCGUUGUUCAGAGAAAUGAUGAUAGACACCGAUUGCUUGGCUACCCAAACAAGGCGGCCUGUCACAUGCAUCAUAACAGAAGGGGUCCCGAGUUUUGCUGGUGAUUUUGCUAUCGAAAGGGGAAUUCCACUUAUUUAUUUUCGUACUGCCAGUGCUUGCUCUUUUUGGGCUUAUUUUUGUAUUCCGGAACUCACUGAAGCUGAUGAAAUUCCCUUGAAAGGAAAUGGCAUGGACCUACUAGUAAAGAGUGUACCAGGCAUGGAGGAUUUUCUCAGGAGACGUGACCUUCCAAGUUUUUGCCGUGUGGAUGAAGUAAAUAAUGAGAGUUUGCAACUCAUAAAAAUAGAGACCAGAAAAACCCCUCGAGCCCAUGCAUUGAUAAAGAACACUUUUGAUGAGCUAGAGGGACCCGUACUCUCUCAAAUACGUGCUCACUGUCCCAAUCUCUUCUCCAUCGGACCACUUCACGCUCACCUAAAAGCCAAACUCGCAGCAGAUCCCAAGUUUUCCUCAACCCAUUCGAGUAGUUUCUGGGAGGAAGAUCGAAGCUGUGUGACGUGGCUUGAUUCGCAGCAGUCCAAAUCUGUGGUCUACGUGAGCUUUGGAAGUAUCACGAUUGUGACAAAAGACCAACUCAUGGAGUUUUGGUAUGGUCUUGUGAAUUGUGGACAUCGAUUCUUGUGGGUUAUGCGGCCGGACUGCGUUGUCGGAAAAGAUGUGGAGACUCAAAUUCCGGUAGAGCUGGUUGAGGGCACGAGGGAGAGAGGGUACAUGGUGGAUUGGGCCCCACAAGAGGAUGUUCUGGCGCACCCAGCUGUUGGUGGCUUUUUGACUCACAGUGGGUGGAACUCCAUUUUGGAGAGCAUAGUCUCUGGCGUGCCAAUGAUUUGUUGGCCUUAUUUUGCAGACCAGAUGAUUAAUAGUAGGUUCGUUAGUGAAGUUUGGAAGCUUGGUUUUGACAUGAAAGAUACGUGUGACCGAGUUAUUAUUGAGAAGAUGAUCAGAGAUUUGAUGGAUGUUAAAAAAGAUGAGUUUCAAGAACGAGCAAAUCUGAUGGCAAAGUUGGCAAAACGAGCUGUGAGUGAAGGUGGGUCAUCGUACUGUAAUUUGGAUCGUCUGAUAAAGUACAUAAAAUCAAUGAUUGAGUGAUCAAAGUGACGGUUGGACAUGAAAAUUGCGUGGUAAAGAUUGUUGGAUUUCUUUUUUUUUUUUUUUUGCUCAUGAUGUGGAAAUAAGUUUCAUACAUCCUUUGUGUCAUCCAUUGUUAAGUGUUACAAAUUCAAAAAUUAAUAAUACCAUUACCGAAGGCAAGAAUAUAUAGCACCUUUGAAUUAA